AUGAAGUGGGGGCUGCUCAUUCUCCCCUCCCUGGCUGCUCUGCUGCACGCAGCCAGCGCCUUGCGGAUCUGUGCCUUCAACAUCCAGACUUUUGGGGACAACAAAGCGGACAAUGAAGUCGUCACAAAGGUCAUUGUUAAGAUCCUCUCCCGCUACGACAUCGCUCUGGUGCAAGAGGUGCGUGACUCAGACCUCAGUGCUGUCACCACCUUGAUGGAGCAGCUCAACAGAGCCUCCAAGAACUCCUACGAAUACAUCAUCAGUGAGCCGCUUGGGCGGGAGAAAUACAAGGAGAUGUACCUCUUCAUCUACAGGCCCGAGAGCGUCUCUCCCGAAGCCCAGUACCAGUAUCCCAACCGCGACAACGCCUUCAGCAGAGCCCCCUUCAUCGUGAAGUUCUCGGUUCCCAACUCCAAGGGGGAGCCACUGAUCCUGGUGCCUCUUCACACCCCUCCGAGCGAAGCCGUGGCCGAAAUAGAUGCCCUCUACGACGUCUACCUGAAGGUCAUAGACAAAUGGGGAACUGACAACAUGAUGUUUCUCGGAGAUUUCAACGCCGACUGCAGCUAUGUGGGGAAAAAGGACUGGGCCUCCAUCCGCCUGCGUACCAGUGAUGUCUUCAAGUGGCUCAUCUCCGACUCCGCAGACACCACUGUGGGCCAGUCGGACUGUGCCUAUGACAGGAUCGUCGUGAGCGGCUCAAAGCUGAGGAAGCGGAUUGACCCCAAAUCUCCCAAGGUGUUUAACUUCCAGACUGCCUUCAAGCUGAGCCAGGAAGAGGCUCUGGCCAUCAGCGACCAUUUCCCAGUGGAGGUGACCUUGGACUCUCCGUGAGGGUCCCGGACUUCUCGGGCCAAGGAAGGUUGAAGCGUUGCAGCCACGGCUGGACCUCCGAUGUGGGUGGUGUCUUCGCUCUGCUGCUUUGUGGCCAUCCCACCCUUCCAGCUUUCCAAGGUCUCGCUGGGUCGUGAAGCAAGCCCAGGAGCCCAGGAGUUGUGGGCCAGGACGGCCGACGGCCAUUUCUCUCCCUCCUAGCAAACUCUGGCUUCCAGUCCCAUCACAACACUGCGAAUUUACAGCCUGCAUUUCUCAGUGCUGGAAUCCAUCCUAUUGCACAGAAGGGAUUGAUCUGUCGAAUGCACAAAGCUGCCUUAUACUGAAUCAGCCCCCCGUCGGCCCCUCCAAGUCAGUCUUGCCUACUCAGACUGGCAGCAGCCUGGUCCUUUUUGUUGGGGAUGCCGGGGACUGAACCUGGGACCUCCUGUGUACCAACCAGAGGCUCUUACCCCUGCGCUACACCCCUCCCUUUCAAUAAUAAUAGCUCUGGCUUUAUCUAGAUCAGAGAUGGCCAAACUGUGGCUCAGGAGCCACAUGUGGCUCUUUCACACGUGUGGCUCUUGAAGCCCCCACUGCUCUGUCGGCCAACUUGGAAAAGGCUUUUGUCUCUUUAAAUCGCUUCUCCAAGCCAAGCCAUCUAAAGUUGCUUUCUACCCACCUCUCCCUCCCCCAUCUAUUUUCCUUCCUCCCUCCCUCUGUCUUGUGGUUCUAAAGUAUCUGACAUUCAUGUCUUGUGGGUCUCAAACAACUGAAGUUUAUUCUAUGUGGCUCUUACAUUAACCAAGUUUGGCCACACCCGAUCUAGAUCAUAAAAGCCAUUUCAUGGGCUUGUUGACUUUCAACGCUCAGCUCACUCUACAGCUUUGGGCAGCAUUUUCCGGUGCCAUCCUUUCAUCUUGCAAGUGUUUCGUCCUCUCAGAAGAUAAUAAGCGGCACUAUUGACUCAUUUGGCAGCACCGACCUAUGAAGGAAGGCUGGAUGUUGGCCAGUGAGAUCUUUUAAUUCUCCUAAUCGUUUUUUGAUUGCAAAAGCAAAGGGAGACAGGCCAGUUUUUCAAGGAAGA